CUUCACCUCCUUUUUUGAUGAUGAGGGACGGCCCAGAGAGAGCGGUCCAGGGGACGCGCGCCAUGGGUCCGAUGAUCGCGGACGACGACUCGUCCGAUGACGAGGUCCCUCUCGCGCAGCGCAUGAAGCAGGAGGCUGCCACACCCAAAGCCGCGGCGGUCAAGAAGCCCGCCUCGAAGGGCAAGAUCAAGAUGUCGGGCGCCAAGAAGAAGCCGAAGAAGGCGAAGAAACCCGCGAAGAAGGCGCCGUCGGGUCCGGUCAAGGAGAAGAAGGUGUACGACCUGCCGGGGCAGAAGAAGGACACCCCGGAGGAGGGCGAAUCGCUGAGAAAGUUUUACGUCUCGCUUCGCAAGCAGAUCCCGGAGAGCGUCAUGGCUGAGCAGUGGCUCAUGGAGCACGGCCUGCUGCCCGCGGACGAGGCCGCCAAGGCGUACAAGAAAUUCCUCAUCCGCAAGGGCAGGGAUCCGAAGAAGGCGGGCGGGUCCUCCGGUUCCAAGCCCUCCAAGCCGAAACCGAAACCCAAACCCAAACCCGCGGUGAAGAAGGAGCACAAGUCGCCGGUUGCGAAGAAGGCGAGCGGGAUCAAGCGGAAGGCGCUCGACGACGACGACAGCGACUCGGACAUUCCCCUGGCGGCUCUCAAAUCCAACGGCGGCGGCGGCGGGUUCAAGAUCCCCAAGAAGGAGUGAGCGCGGGGGCUGGAGUCGCGGGAAUGGAACACGAGCGACGACUAACUUUGUUAUGUAUCAGGAUUAGAUG